AACUGUUCAAGAUUUAGAAGAAGAUUCUAAUAAACGUAUCAAGAGAAGUGCUUCGAUAACAAUUAGCUAUCGAUGAAUCUUGUUUGUCAUAUCACAUGACUUUGUUUUGUGUUCAUAGUAGCUACGGUUAAGUAUUUUUAUAUUCAGGGAAAAGGCUGGUAUAGGUGCACGUGUGGUUACUAGCUAGCAAGCUGCUAAUUUAGCGCCUUCCAACUAUCACAACUACGUUUAGCAGGCAUUCCAUGUCAACUUUCACGAGUAGAUAUGGAACACCCAUGCAGUAUUUUUGAGGAUUUGGAACGAUAUGUCGUGAGAGACGCUCCACCAACGGUUUACUACAUUCCAGAUUUCAUAACAGAGGAUGAGGAGUCUCAACUAUUACAACAGGUGUAUAAGGCACCAAAAACUAAAUGGACACAGUUAUCCAACAGAAGGCUCCAGAACUGGGGUGGGCUGCCUCGUCCGAAAGGGAUGCUUGGAGAGAAGCUUCCUGAUUGGCUCCUGAAGUACUGCGAGAGAAUAUCUGCUCUUGGUGCAUUUGCUGGGAAGACUGCCAAUCAUGUGCUGGUGAAUGAAUACAAGCCAGGGGAGGGAAUAAUGCCCCAUGAGGACGGGCCUCUGUACCAUCCCACAGUGACGACCAUUAGCCUGGGCUCCCACACAUUGCUGGACUUCUACAGGCCCAUCAGCGCCCAGGAGCUGGAUGAGGUGCCACAGACUGAGGAGAGCCGCUACCUCCUGUCUCUGCUGGUGCGGCCGCGGAGCCUCCUCAUCCUCCAGGACGACAUGUACCAGCGCCUCCUCCACGGCAUCCAGGGGACGCACCACGACUCGCUCACUGAAAGGGUUGCCAACCUGCUCGCUACCGGGGUCCUGCCAGGGGCCACAUUAACCCGAGGCACCAGGGUGUCCCUCACCGUGCGUCACGUGCCCAUAGUCAUGAGGGCCAAUCUGCUCCUGGGCAGGAAAUGACAAGAGGAAGUGACAUUUGAGGACUUGGGAAAAAAUUGACACCAUGAUACAGACUGACUUGAUUAUGUCAUUCAUUGUCUGCCAAGGAAAAGUUUAAAUGGGAUCCUUGAGAUGUCCCAAAUUUCAAACGGGUAGGGUUGUUGCAGUGGAUAUAUUAACGCCACACCGGCAGUUAGUCAUGGCUGCAGUAAAGUUCCACAUGACAACGACAACGGUCACGGUAAUCUCCUCUGUCUUCUGGACAUGCGUUGGUAGCAGGGCCUUAAAUGUGUAAUUCACUAGCCACGUUGGCAGGUGGUAACACUCAGGGCUCUACAGUGUGAGCAUUUCAUAAAAAUAGUCAAGUAUGGGCACAAGUGCCAGUUGUGAUUUAUACCAAAAUAAAUGCCAUUUUGUUUUAUAUCUGGUAAUGCACAAUGAAAUCUGAAUCCUAAUGUUAUAGCUAUCCCACCUCGCACAGCAAUUCUACCUGUCUAGGGGGCUAUGAGCACCAUGUGUGAAGUGCUAAAAGGUUUGUUUUUAGAAGCAAUGCGCACAGGAAUAAAAAUUGUUCUAAUUUACUCAAUUCGA